CUCCCCUCGAUGCGCUCUGCACUCGGCUGCUUUUCCUUGCAGGUCAGCGGAUCGAUCGUCGGUCGAGCGGCGGCAGUCGCUGAUGCAAUUCUCUGACAGCUGCUCUCAGCCGGCUUCUCACAUCCACGAUUCACCGUCAGAAGGCCGUUUUUGAGGACUUGGAGCCAUCUUCCGGUCGGCGUCAUGGCAGACCAGCUGAGUCCAGAGGAGAAGUUCGAGCUCAUCACCAGGAACCUGCAGGAGGUUCUGGGGGAAGACAAGGUGAAGCAGAUUCUUCAGGAGAGGGAGCUGAAGGUGUACUGGGGGACGGCCACCACCGGCAAACCUCACGUGGCUUACUUCGUCCCCAUGUCCAAGAUAGCAGAUUUCCUCAGAGCCGGCUGUGAGGUCACAAUUCUGUUUGCAGACCUUCAUGCUUAUCUAGACAACAUGAAGGCUCCCUGGGAGCUGCUGGAGCUCCGGGUCAAGUACUACGAACAGGUCAUCAAGGCCAUGUUGGAGAGCAUCGGCGUUCCUCUGGAGAAACUGCGCUUUAUCAAAGGAACGGACUUCCAGCUCAGCCGAGAAUACACUCUGGACGUGUACCGCCUGUCUUCCAUGGUGACGGAGCAUGACGCCAAGAAGGCUGGAGCUGAGGUGGUCAAACAAGUGGAGCAUCCUCUGCUGAGUGGUCUGCUGUACCCAGGACUGCAGGCUUUGGACGAGGAGUAUCUGAAGGUGGACGCCCAGUUUGGAGGAGUGGACCAGAGGAAGAUUUUCACUUUGGCAGAGAAGUACCUGCCCUCUCUGGGUUAUGUGAAGCGGGCUCACCUCAUGAACCCGAUGGUCCCGGGGCUGACGGGGGCCAAGAUGAGCUCAUCAGAAGAGGAGUCAAAGAUCGAUCUGCUGGACUCCAAAGAAGACGUGAAGAAGAAGCUGAAGAAAGCCUUCUGCGAGCCGGGGAACAUCCAGAACAACGGCGUCCUCUCGUUUGUCAAACAUGUCCUCUUCCCUCUGCGUGGAGAGUUCAGCAUCAAACGGGAUCCUAAGUGGGGCGGAGACAAAACUUACUCAGUGUUUGAAGAGGUGGAGAAGGACUUUGCUGAAGAGAUGAUUCACCCAGGAGACCUGAAGGCCUCAGUGGAAGCUGCUCUGAAUCAGCUCCUGGAGCCCAUCAGGAAGAAGUUCCAGUCUCCUGAACUUCGCAAGCUCACCAACUCUGCAUACCCCGACCCCUCCAAGACCAAAACGGGAGGAAAAGGAGCCAAAGCAUCAGCAGGAGGAGGAGAGGAUGACGAGCUGGUCCCCUCCAGACUGGACAUCAGAGUGGGGAAGAUCCUCAGUGUGGAGAAGCAUCCAGACGCAGACUCUCUGUUCCUGGAGAAGAUUGAUGUUGGAGAGCCAGAGCCGAGGACCGUCGUCAGCGGGCUGGUGGCCUACGUUUCCCAGCAGGACCUGCAGGACCGGACGGUGGUGCUCCUGUGCAACCUGAAACCUCAGAAGAUGCGGGGCAUCGAGUCCCAGGCCAUGCUGCUGUGUUCCUCAGUAGAAGGGGAACCCCGGAGGGUAGAGCCUCUGGAUCCUCCAGAGGGUUCAUCUCCAGGGGAACGGGUUUUUGUGGAAGGAUAUGAGACGGGGAAACCAGACGACAGGCUUAACCCCAAGAAGAAAGUGUGGGAGAAGCUACAGGUGGACCUGAAGGUCUCAGACCAGUGUGUCGCUCAGUGGAAAGACAAGAAGCUGAUGACCAAACUGGGACAGAUCACAUGUAAGACACUGAAAGGAGGCAACAUCAGCUAAAAGCCUGCUCACUGCAAACCGCUCCUCAUCCAUCCACAAAUCGCCAUGGCAACAAGGAGAAGCCUCACCUGAAAGCUAACGGGUGAUCCGACUUCCAUCCUAGGGCUGUGACAGGAAUGUCAGACGGUUGUUUGUACAUCUGAUCAAAACGUCCUAAUUCAUCUGUAAUCUGCAAUAAACUCUGUCUGAUUGAA